AUGGCUGACGCGACGAACACCAACGAUGAGCUCUACCCCAUCGCCGUGCUGAUCGAUGAAUUGAAGCACGAUGACGUCUUGCUCCGACUUAACGCUAUCCACCGUCUAUCGACGAUUGCCCUUGCUUUGGGUGCUGAGCGCACCCGCGAGGAGCUGAUCCCCUUCCUUGACGAGUCCGUCGAGGAUGAGGACGAGGUCCUCGUCGCCCUGAGCGAAGAGCUCGGGGGCUUUAUCGACUACGUCGGCGGCCCCCAGUGGGGUCACGUCCUCCUCUCCCCACUCGAGAACCUCGCAGCCAUCGAGGAGCCCGUGGUGCGGGACAAGGCUGUCGAGUCGCUAAACAAGAUCUGCGUCGAUCUCUCUCCUCAACAAGUCGAGGAGUACUUUAUCCCCCUCACGAUUCGCCUCUCCAAGGCCGACUGGUUCACUUCCAAGGUCUCGGGGUGCGGCCUCUUCACGGCCCCCUACUCUAAAGUCUCGCCGCCUAUCCAAGAACAGCUUCGACAACAGUUCAGCCAGCUGGUCCACGAUGACACGCCCAUGGUGCGCCGUCAGGCCGCCACCAACAUGGCCAAGUUUGUGAAGGAAAUGCCCGCCGCGAUUGUUGUGGAGGAGAUGAUACCCAUGUUCCAGCACCUAGUCCAGGACGAUCAAGACAGCGUCCGGCUACUCACCGUUGAGAUCCUGAUUUCGAUUGCCGAAGUCGUUCCCAAGGAGCAACAAGCGAGCCACGGUGUGCUCCUUACCUCGCUACGCAGCUUGAUAGAGGACAAGAGCUGGAGGGUGCGGUACAUGAUCGCCGAUAGGUUCGAGAAGAUUGCCAAGGCGGUCGAUGAGGAAGUCGUGGCUAGAGAUCUGGUGCCCGCUUUUGUAAAACUACUCAAGGACGGCGAGGCCGAGGUCCGGACUGCGAGCGCCGGCCAGAUCCCCGGUUUCUGCGCCCUAGCCGAACGAAACACCCUUAUUAACGACAUCCUGGGCACAGUAGAGAACCUGGUCUCAGACAGCUCGCAGCACGUGCGUGCCGCUCUCGGAACACAUAUUAGCGGCCUGGCCCCGAUCCUGGGCAUGCAAGUGACUAUCGAUCAUUUGCUGCCCAUGUUCCUCCAGAUGCUGAAGGACGAGUUCCCCGAAGUCCGCCUGCACAUCAUCUCCAAGUUGGAGCUGGUAAAUCGGGUCAUUGGCAUCGAUCUACUCGCACAAUCUCUUCUCCCGGCCAUCGUCGAGCUCGCCGAGGAUAAGCAAUGGCGCGUGCGGCUCGCUAUCAUCGGCCACAUGCCCCUACUCGCCGGCCAGCUGGGUGUCCAGUUUUUUGAUGAUAAGCUCAGUCAACUCUGCAUGGGCUGGCUCGGCGACACGGUGUUCUCCAUCCGCGAGGCGGCAACUCACAACCUUAAAAAGCUUACUGAGGUAUUUGGUGUCGAGUGGGCCAACGAGGCCAUUAUCCCUAAGGUGAUGGCGAUGGGAGCGCACCCCAAUUACCUUUACAGGAUGACCACGUGCUUUGCCAUCUCCACACUGUCCACCGUCGUGACUAUGGAUGUCAUCGCCAAGUCAAUCCUGCCCAUGCUAGAAAAGCUCACAGCCGACGAGAUCCCGAACAUUCGGUUCAACGUCGCAAAGACGUACUCGGCCCUGAUUGCGUCGUUACGCCGGCUGCCUGAAGAGGGCACCAUCUAUACGCUAGAGCAGGCCAAGACACCGUUUACGGCGUCGCCCAAGGGUCAGCAGCUGAUCGACGAGCGGAUCAUGCCCAGUCUCGAGAAGCUCCAGAAGGAUGACGACGUGGAUGUGCGGUAUUUUGCGACCAUGGCGGCGGCCGCAGCGACGGGACCGAUCGGGGCUGCUGGCGAGCCUAUGAACACAUCACCAUAG